GCCCGGUAGGAUCACCCGAUACCGAAAAACAAAUGCUACAGCCAAUCGGCGCAUCGAGAUCCUGCCCAGGGUGGCUCUCGGACCAGAAAAACUCGUGUUCUAAUCAAAAUACGAGGUGCCCAGCUUGCUCUAUUUUAGCGCGGUUGAUCCUCAAUUGUCGAUAAAAGAUGCCUCCUUCUCAUUGCCGUUUCACUCUUCGGCAAAUCUUUCCUCAUCGUCACACUCACAGCCAUGAAAUACUCCAUUGCCCUAACGUUCCUGGCUUUUGCCCGAUAUGGCCUGGCGACUGAGCGUUCCGGCCCAGCGGUAACGCCUCAGGACACUUCCCCACUGGGAGCCAGAGCCCUGCUCGAGAAGCGGGACACCUGCGAAGGUGGAGGUAGCUGCAUUGUUGGUCAAUGCUGUGGCAUUGAUGGAUGUGCCAUGAACUGUUGUGGAGUGGAUAUGAAUGGAGAAGGAGUCGGCUGUAACAUUGGAGCAACAUGCGAUUAUGCCAACGAAAGUGUUUUCAUAGGAUGUUGCAUGGACUUUCUCGGUCGGGGCUGCACCGGUACCCCCACCAUGGUAACCAUGAGUACCAUAUACGGCGACUACACACCCACAAAUGAGGCCACCACUACCACGACGCGAGAACCAACAUCCACAUCGACCUCAACAGACGAACCCACUGAAACUGAAACACCAACUCUGCCAACGGCCACCCAGACGUCUCUCCCGACUGCCACUUUGACCAACUCUGAUGAUGAAGACCCCUUCGAAACGGGCACCGAUGACGAUACGACCACCACCCGGCCUACCUCGAGUGCAGAUGACGACGACGACUUCUCGUUCCCAUCGGAGACCACUACUGCUGAUGACUCCACCGACAACAAUCUAACUCCGACUCUAACUGCUGAAACUCCCCAGCCCACUGAAUCAGACGACGCUGCGACCGUUGUCCAUCCCAGCUUGUGGUUUAUUGCUGGGCUGGGCGCGUUGCUUGCUUUUUAAUAGUUGCUGGUUGCUCUCUGGGAGGACUUUAAAAUCAGGAAACCGCCUCUGGUGAUUUGUAACUUUAUUAAUUUGCUUCGCGUGAUUGAAUAAUAUCAUAAAAGGGGUGGACUUGACUUGUACCAGGAGGGAUAGUUCCACGUGACUUUGGAGUGUAUUCUGAAAUGGAAAAGCUUUGGACCUUUUUUUUUUUUCGUUUUUGCCGGUUAACAACCAUCAUGGGACUUGAUGUGAUCUGCUCAGUUCGGCAGGCCGCUCUCACGGGACGAUGAUCGGACAGGCGCUGAACAGAG